UAAGGAUUCUUUGAUGAAUAGAAAGUUCAAAAGAACAGCAUUUCUAUGAAAUAGACGUUUUUAUAGAAAUGCAAACGUAUUUAGCUAAAGAUCAAUUUUAUGCAUCAUUGCUAAAUAAAAGUAUUAAUUUGUUUAAAAAUCUUAUUAGGAAAGGCAGAAAUGAUUUCAAAACAAAUAACAAAUUGAAUCAAAUUAUAGAAGAAACAUUAUUCAACAAGCACAUGGAUAAAGCAUGGUUUUUAAUAAGCAUAUUUUAAAUUAUGACACAAUGAACAUAAUUUCAAGUUCAAAGGUUUUGCAUUCCUUUUAUUGUGUGCAUCUCAGAAAUAAGAUGUCUAGUGUAACUUUAAACUAAGAUACAACAUCAUGCAUAUCUUCCAAUUUAGUGAUAUAUAACACUAAAUAGUUACAUCUAAAAAUUCCACACAUUUCCUGUGUAAGCCACGCCUGUGUGCAAUUCUGUCUAAAUACAGAUGAUUUUAUAGUGGCAAUGAGUUUUAAUGGUAAUAUUGCAGUGGAGCCCAGCUCUGUGCCUCUGUCUCAUCUCUGUUUCCUCAGAUUCAACCUGCUGAAGGCCCUACAGCCUAAGCACCGCUUGCAACAAAUGCUGUCAUCUCCCACUGCAUCCCCUGUUUUUGACUAUUGCAGGUUUAUAGAGCUAGACUACACACCCAUGGAGUCAGGCAUUAUGGUCUCUAUGAGACAGAGCAGAGGAUUUCUGACACCAAAGUCCCCGGAACACCACUGUCGACGGAGUCCAGCACCUGUCAGUAACCGUGAUCCCUAUGGAAAUGCCUCUCUCAGCAGCAGUAGCAAUUCAGGGUCAUGCAAGGGCAGUGACGGAAGCCCAACCCAUAGGCGUCACAUAAAAUACACCUCCUGCAAUGAUAACCAUGGUAUCCGGCCCCCUCCACCUGAGCAAUACCUUACCCCACUGCAACAGAAAGAGGUGUGUAUCAGACACCUCAGAGCACGGCUCAAAGAAAGCAUCGAAAGACUGCAGGACAGGGACACUGAGAUUGAUGAGUUGCGUACUCAGCUGUCUCGUAUGCAAGAAGAUUGGAUUGAAGAGGAGUGCCACCGCGUGGAGGCCCAGCUGGCUCUGAAGGAGGCUCGCAGGGAGAUCCAGCAGCUUAAGCAGGUUGUUGAUGUUGUCAGAUCCAGUCUGGGAGACACUGACACUGGAGUGCAAAAGUGCUUCCAAGACAUAAACCUCCAGAACCACAAGCUGGAGUCUUUAUUGCAGAGCAUGGAGCUGGCUCAGAUCGGGACCCCCAAAACAGGAGAAACUCUGGCAGGUGGAGGGGUGGUGGGGGCAGGGCUGGAGGUCAGCGAGGGCCUGGCGGAGUCUUCCGAAGGCUCCCCAGCUCGCUCGCUUACCCGCAGCUCUACCUACACCAAGCUAAGUGACCAGACUGGCCAGGAACAUGGCGGUAAUGAAAAUGGGUGUGACAUUCCAUGUUUGUCAGGUGAGGGUACGCAGGACAGCGGGUUUGUUUGCUGUGGAGAAAGUGGAAGAGGAGCAAGUAAGACAGACCUGCUCCUGGAGGCUGCGUUUUUGUCUCAAGAGACAGCCUCGCUGCUCAAUGCGUACUCCCGCCUGCCACACUCCUCCACAUAUGAGGCACUGAGCAUCAGCGAGCCGAGAGUUGUGCCACUCCGCUGCAGUGGGAUCGGGACGGGGACCACUGUUAGUGUAAGUCAUCCAUGUCUGUCGCAUCAUCACCUAUACCUGCAUCACCUGCGUGAGCAAGGCAUUCAAACCGACUACGACCAUGACCCUGCUUCGGCCCAUGCCCAUGGUCCCAGUACAUCCUUUAACUCUGAUCUGGACACUAUUGCUGAGCGCACCUUCCGCUCCCAGGCAUGCAGUCCGACAUCUACCUGGAUGUCUGAUGAGGGAGAUGAUCUGGAGUCAGUAGCCACAGAAUCAGCCAUUAUGGCAACAAUUGCCACAGCUUCUGUCAUCACAGACUUUUCCACUAAGUCUGCACCAGCUGUUGCAAUGGAGCCUUGGUCACCAACUGUAUCUGUUCCAAAAGGACCUGCGAAUUUAGCGUUGGAGUCCUCUGUCAAGGAAACAACUGUUUCAGAGCUCCUUACAGUCUUACCAAUCACCACAACAGCUUUGACCACAGAGACCAUUGGAUCCCAAGUAACCAACUCUGUUCAACCUCAACCUGUAACAGACCCUUUGCCAAACCCUUGCAACUCCCCUUGCUCCGUGCAGCCAUUGAUUGAGACUGAAGGAGAGCCCCUUGCACAGACCACUCAGCCUCGUAGUGUACUAACAGACGCUGGGGAUGAAGGGGAUCAUGUCAUAAAUAUAGGUUCAGAAGAUGAAGAUGAGGUUGACGAGAGUGCUACGAGCACAGAAUCCAUGUCGUCUGGCUGUGGUUUACCAGCAAAGAAAUACUGGAGCCGGCACUUCCUAGUGGAUUUGCUUGCGGUGGUCGUGCCAGUGGUCCCCACAGUGGCGUGGCUCUGUCGGGGUCCACACCGUGUUGGUCAGCCAAUGUACCAUAUUGGUUCUCUCUUGCGAGGUUGCUGCACUGUGGCUCUCCAUUCCCUGCGUCGAGGAGGAGGCAUUCGGCACUACCCAGCAGGAGGAGGUGGUCCAGGGGGAAUGAGUAUAUGAGACCAGCUUUUCUCUCUGGAGAAGCCUUGAAGCCCUUCUGUCAGAUGUGCAAUUAGGGAAUGG